ACUCCCUCUCUCUCCUCCCAUUCUCUCUCUCUCUCUCUCUCUCUCUCUCUCUCUCUAGAGCACUCCUCAAACCGCAAUUAAUAAAAUAGUGCAACUUAAACAUGAUACUAAUACUAAUACUAAUAAUACACUCUGGGGGUCUCCUUCAAAGGUGUUGUUGCUUUGUGCUUUUGUUCGAAUGGGGGGAGAAUAAGCUAUUUCGCGCACGCAUUGGUGGAUCCCUCGACGUCCUCGAAUAGCUAGGGCGAGGGCGCAAACCCUGUCGAGGAUCGAUCGCGAUCGAGCACCGAGGAGAUUUGGGAUUUGUGCGCGGCGUGCGACGCGUCGAGAUGGUGUUGGAUCUCAAUGUGGUGUCUCCGAUGGAGUCCGAGGGGUCCGAGACCCCGAUCUCCUCCGUCCACAGUGCCGACGCCGGAGAAGAUGACUACUACGGCGGCGGAGCCGGUGCCGGUUUCCGGUUCGGCAUCUUGAGGAACUCCGAGGCGGGGGCCGAUGGAGCGGAGGAGGAAGUGGAAGAGGAGUUCGAGGAGGAGGAUGGGGUCGAGAAGGAGCGGGGCGUGAUCACGCGGCAGCUCUUCCCUCCGACUCCGCCGCCGCCGAGGGCAGCGGCGGACGCGGCGUGGUCCCCGGCGGCGGCGGCGGCGGCUCCGCCGUUCUCCGGCGAUUCACGUCGGGUAGAUCUCCCCUUUGGGCAGAGAACGGUGAAGGCGCAGCAGCAGGUGAAGAAGAGUCGACGAGGGCCGAGGUCGAGGAGCUCGCAGUAUCGAGGUGUCACCUUCUAUAGGAGGACGGGGAGAUGGGAAUCUCAUAUAUGGGAUUGUGGGAAGCAGGUCUAUUUGGGAGGUUUUGACACUGCUCAUGCUGCAGCAAGAGCAUACGAUCGGGCCGCGAUUAAGUUUCGAGGGGUUGACGCCGACAUCAAUUUCAAUCUUAGUGAUUAUGAUGAUGAUUUGAAACAGAUGAGGAACUUGACAAAGGAAGAGUUUGUACACAUACUUCGCCGUCAAAGCACUGGGUUUGCAAGGGGGAGCUCCAAGUAUAGAGGGGUGACAUUGCAUAAGUGCGGUCGCUGGGAAGCUCGCAUGGGGCAGUUCUUGGAAGCUUUGCUCCAGUACAUUUAUCUUGGGUUGUUCGACAGUGAAAUAGAAGCUGCAAGGGCAUAUGACAAGGCCGCCAUUAGGUGUAAUGGGAGGGAAGCGGUUACCAACUUCGAGCCAAGCUUUUACGAAGGAGAGAUUCUUCCUGAACCUGAAAAUGAAGUUUCCGGUGGCCUUCUUGAUUUGAAUUUGAGGAUUUCACAGCCUAAUGUGUCUAGUCCAAAAAGAGAUGACAGAAUUGCUCAGAAUGAGAGCCCUUAUUCUCCUCGGGCUAUUCAUCCACCUUUUGGGGCAACAGUUUCCGAGCAUCCUCAUCUGUGGACUGGUCCAUAUCAUGGUUUCUUUCCAAAUCUCAAGGAAAGAGCGACAGAGAAGGGGCCCGAGUUCGCAGCCAAUUGGACAUGGCAAAUGCAAGGUUCUUCUCCAUUGCCACUAUACUCUGCAGCAUCAUCAGGAUUCUCCACCACUUCUGCCGCCGCCGUCACCACCGCAUUUCCCCAGCACCCACUUCCACCGCCACCCUCAAACCCUCUUCCUCGCCACCUUCCUCCACCUACCUCCAAUUACUAUUGCUACUACUACAGGAGCUAAGUAAUUGAUAGUUUAUAAUACGUGGGUAGAAGUUAUGAUUAGUCUGUGUACCAUCCAAUAUUGCAGCUUGUUUUCUGAACUUUUCGCUUGAACACUUUGACUCCUUAAACAUCAUCAUAUUUAGCAAUUUGAUCCCUAUAGAAAUGUCAUUUUGCAAAAGGGAUGAACUGGUCGGGGACUACGUUGUAAUAUAUGAAGAGGUUUAAGAAGAACUCUGUUAAGUAAAAAGUUAGAGAACCUGUGUAAAAAUUGUUGAGUAAGAAGUUCAGAAACAAAGUGGCAAUAUGCGGAUAGUACAGGGACUUUCCGCAUCUUUGACCCAUAAUAUGAUAAUAUAUAUUAUUACAUACUAAGUAGUUGUUGUAGCACACUCUUUGCCUUCUAUUACCAACUAUCUAUUUAUUGGGCAAAGCAUAUAUAUGUUGUUGUUUUAGCACAUGGUAUUUAAAGUAUUGUCUCUCUAUCAAACAGGGAAGCAUAUAGACUAUAGUGCAGUUUUUGCACCCUUCUAUGUACUGUAUAUACAUAGUACUUUACUGUGUUGUAGCAGUGUAACAAACCAGUUUAAUAGUAUCCACUGCUGUUUUCUCGGGGAA